AAAAAUAUUUCUUUAUAAAAGAGAAAGAAUAUUUGUUUAUAAUAAUUGCAAUUAUUAAUAUCUAAAAUCUCUUGGGAUUGGUUGUUUCUUCUGCUUCUUCUUCUCUUUUUGUCUUCGACUGUUCGAAGUUCUUCUCUUUUCCUGUUUGUUCCCUGAUUCAUCCACAUCCACAAUCUCUCUUUUGUAGGAUUCUCUCUCAGGGAAACUCUUUUUCAGACAAAACUUCAAACCGUAUGAUACUUCUUGUAAUAACAACAUAAAAAAAAAAAAUCACAUGGCAGUUUAUUACCAAACUAGUGUCGGCAUGCAAUCUCUCUACCAAGAAGAACCCAUCUAUCUCCACGAACAACAACAAGCUUCCUCUUCCUCCGCCGCUUCUUUCUCCGGCGCCGGCGCCGGAGUAAACUAUCUCGAAAUCCCAAACUCUGUACCAAACGAGAUGGUCUUUAUCCCACCAACGAGCGACACAUCUCUCAACGGAAACGUAACUGUCUCAAGCAACGAUCUAAGCUUCCACGGUGGUGGCCUCUCCUUAAGCCUCGGUAACCAGAUCCAUUACCAUUACCAGAACCUCUCAAACCAGUUCAGUUACAGUAAUGAUGAGAACGUGAAAAGCUUGAGUCAUACUCAUCAUCAUCAAGUUCCUUCCUCUGGUUAUUACAACAAUGGGUUUGUAAGUAGUGUCUUAAGAUCUCGUUACCUUAAACCAACACAACAGUUGCUAGAAGAAGUCGUUAGUGUCAAGAAAGAGAGUAACAAGAACAAAGGUCAAGACUUUACUAAUGGGUCUAAAUCUAAUGACACCAACAACACAGAGAACGAGAACUUGUCUCCUUCAGAACGUCAAGAGCUACAGAGCAAGAAGAGCAAGCUAUUAACGAUGGUAGAUGAGGUAGACAAAAGAUACAACCAAUACUACCAUCAAAUGGAAGCUUUAGCUUCCUCUUUUGAGAUGGUUGCUGGUCUUGGAGCAGCUAAGGCUUACACAUCGGUGGCUCUGAACAGAAUCUCUAGACAUUUUAGAUGUUUGAGGGAUGCGAUAAAGGAACAGGUUCAGGUGAUUAGAGGGAAGCUUGGGGAGAAAGAGUGUAGUGAAGAGCAAGGAGAGAGGAUACCAAGAUUAAGGUAUUUGGAUCAGAGGUUGAGACAGCAGAGAGCUUUGCAUCAACAGCUUGGUAUGGUUAGACCUACUUGGAGACCACAGAGAGGGUUGCCUGAAAACUCUGUCUCUAUACUCCGUGCUUGGCUCUUUGAACAUUUCCUUCAUCCAUAUCCUAAGGAGUCAGAGAAGAUCAUGCUUGCUAAGCAGACAGGACUAUCUAAAAACCAGGUUGCAAAUUGGUUUAUUAAUGCGAGAGUUAGGCUAUGGAAACCGAUGAUUGAAGAGAUGUAUAAAGAAGAGUUUGGAGAUUCACCAGAGACACUCUCAAACUCUAACCAAGACAACAACAACAACAAGAAGAAGAACAGAAUGAAUGAAACAUCUCAGCUCAAAAACGAAGACACUUCUUCUUCACAACUACAGAAUCAUGGAAACAACAUAGCAUAUACAUCUGAUGCAGAAGAAAACCUUGUCUUUGCAGAUCCAAAACCAGCUGGAGGAGGUUACGACAGCUUGAUGAAUUAUAACGGGUUUGGUGUGGGUGAUUACAAUGGCUACAUUGGCCUUGGUAAUCAGCAAGAUGGAAGAUACUCUAAUAAUUCCCAUCAGUUACAUGACUUUGUUGUCUGAAAAAUAGUUUAUGAGCUUUUCAUAAGCUCAAAGAAACUGGCAAUGCCAGUGAUUUGAUUCUUGAAGCGCAAGCAAAAGACGCUUCUAUAGUUAGGGGUUUUUAUGUAUCUGUAAUAUUUGUGGUGGUAUAUGUGAAAGUUAGAUUUUGUGAAAACUGUAGAUUAGUCUUAUGUACACUUUGGUAAGCCAGUAUUGUAAUGUUUUUGUGUAUAAACAGAUAUACUUUUCAAGUGUGAACACAUACAUGUUUCCAUAACUAAAUGUUAUCCCC